AUGCGAUCCUCACGCAAGUACAGCCUCACAGCAAUCUUCUCUAUACAGACCAUCGAUGCGCUCAACCAAGACGUAAGGUUGCGUAGUGCGCUACUGUCACUCACAGAAGCUAUCGCACUAUCUUCCAGUGAUAUCGGUGAGAAGCUUCGUUCGGAAAGUCUCCAGAACUUUGGCGCCAAUCUCACGGAUGGUAUCAAGCACGUUCGGUCGAAAGAGGGGUCAGAACUGAAGAGGAGGGACUUGCAGGAUGAUAUCAGUAGUACUUUCAGAGAUUUGACGGGUGCUGGUGGUAUAGGCGGGUUCAAUCUGACAGGUGGAUUGGCCGGUGUACUGGGCAGCCUAGGAGACUUGAUGGUGGGCUCCCUUGGUACACCCGCUUUGUUUCUAGGUAUAGGUCUAGGCAUGGGUACAACGACUGCUCUCAACCUGACCGACAUGGAGGAAGCUAACGCGAUAGCUUCGAGCAUCGCCACCGCCUACAACGCUUCAGCAAGUGGUGCGAACCUCGCCGCUCAGCAACUUGGCAACGGCCUAUCGAGGCAAAUCACCCCUUCCUUCGAUGGCAACAAUUUCUCUCUCGCUCCUGCAGCUUUUGCCUUGGCAUCUGGCAUCGGAAAUGCGACUGCAGUAGGCUUUGGUCUGACAGAGCAACGUUUCGUACCUUCAUCUGAUCCGAGCAUUGAGGGUCUAGCUGGAAAUUUCGGUCUCGGGGUUGCAAUGCCGAUUGUAUCCAACAUUGACCUUCGAGCCACUAUCAAGAGUUUGGGAAACAGUUCCGGUGUCUCGAGCUUCAUGCAGAAUCUUCCCAAGAUCGCGGCAGCAGCUGGGCUGGGCCUAGGAGAAGGCGCAAGAAACGGCUUGGGCUUGACAGCAUCGCAGCCAUCAGCAUCUGAGAAUCAGAAGCGACAAUCUGUGGAUCCUACAGCAGACACGAUAGACUUUCCGAGAACUGUAAAGCAUUUCGCCAGAGGCCUUAGCCAGUCAUUCAUUGAGGGCAGCAACUUCUCAAACCUCGACAUUUCGUCUAUGACAGCCUUCCCCAACAUGACAGAGCUCCAAGCCAUGCUCCGACCUAUGGUUGCUGGAGCUGGUGCGGGUAUAGGCAUGGGAAUUGCCAUCGGAUUGAACUUCAAAGCAGUGGAUGCUCCGCCAAUGAUCGCUAGUAAUAUUGACAGCGACAACGAACAAACGGCCUUGGCUGCGGAAGGUUUCACGCAAAACCUGUUCUCCAACCUGCUCAUCAAUGGUACGGCCAUCCAGCAAGCGAAAUCGUUCAUCGCGAACAACCCACCUCAAGCAUUGCAGGGUAUCGAUGGUGCGAAGGCAGCGGAAGGCCUCGCUAGAGGUAGCAUCGAAGGUGUUGUGAGCGCGAUGUAUUCUGUUGGAGGUGUCAAGAACUUGAUCAGUGGCGAUCUACCGGAUACUGCAUACGACAAUGUGCCAGUUUUGGCACCCACACAGUUCAACGAUACGCUAAACGGCUCGGCUGUUGGCUUUGCGCGAGGGUUGACAGGCAAAGCGACGAUAUUGGUUGCGGAGAUCGUCAGAAACCUCACUCAGGGCAUGUCGAAGUCUGACGUGGCUCCUCCUGCACGUAGAAGCAUUGUUGAAGAGUUACACGAGGAUUCCAGUGUAGUAGCAUCUAGUCCGAUUACCACCCGACAAUCUCAAGUCGGAACCGGCCAAUUCCCUAUAGCUAUCGACCCAGCCACAGCGCAGAAAGGCGCACAGAAAUUGGUCGACACUCUCACAUGUCAGGGAAUCGGCGGCAUCGCGUCAGCAGCUUUCGGUGCCAUGGCUGCAGCCAAAGCGAACGCUACUAUGAUGAGCAAAGCGAUGGGCCAACUCGGUCAGACUCUCGACCCAACGGUGUUGCAAGCACUGCCCCGAGGACCUAUCACAGUUUCAUCAGAAGGAAACAUGUUCGAGAUCGUCAUCGAAAGCCAGAGUGUGAAGAUCAAUGGUCUGGCGCUGGUCCCAUUCGCAGUCAUUACCGGACUACACGUCCUGUUCGCUGGUCUCGCAUUUCUUACCUUCCUUCCAUUAUACCUUGUCCUAGGCGUAGUCUGGCGGUUCUCUGUCCUGACCGGCUUCCCAGUCGAUGAAACCAAGAACAGGAAAUGGCGCAUGGGUCUUUUGAUUACAUUCGCCAUUCUAGGCAUCACUGGUAUAGUCCUUGGCAUGGUCGGUAUGGGAAGCGCUCGUCAUUUCCGCGACACACAUGGCAUUAUGGGCCUUAUCUGUCUCAUAUUCCUUUUCCCAGCAGUAGGAUUCUCUAUCGUUCGUCUUCGUACAGAACUCCCACAUCCCUCGCCCGCAGCAUUCGCCGGUAUCAAAGGCCCCAUCGCGGUUGCGAAAACACCACAACGCAUCUACCUCAUCAGUGGUAUCAGUACCCAACUACUAUUGGGGCUAGGCCAAUUCGCCUUCUUGCAAGGCUUCUCCACACUCCGAGCCAUAUCGCUUUGCGUCGCCGACGCAGUACUAACCUCGACCAGCGUUGCCGGUCUCGUGAGCUUAGUCUUGAUGAUACAAAUCAGUGCCACGGCAUUAGUCGGUAUUCGAGCCUGGUUGGAACAACACAUCGCCAAGAAAGAGGCAGCUGGCAUAACUCGAACAACGACUGUUGGGUCUAGUGGCCUCAAACGAAGCGACACGAUGGCCACGUUCGGUUUCGAUAGGAAAGACCCGAUAUCGGUUUCCAGGUUGAUCACCACCAAACCCAAGCUCACACAACGAAAGACCGAAGAGCUCAAAGGCUCCGAAGACAACGGCAUCAGCACUCCAUUCAACUUCAGGAAAGAAGGAAGCAUCAAUGAGCCAGAAGUACAAGACGACAAUUUCCUCUCACCCGAAGAGCGGAUCAACUACCAAGAGCGCGGCAUCUACAAUCCCAAAACUGGAGGCUACACAUACCCUGUCCAGAGUAUGAACUAUGGCGACGAAGAGUUCUACAACAGGUCAACUACAUACGGAGAACGCCGCCCCUCUUCGGGUGUGUUUGACCCCUUGCUGUCUCCCCGGCCCCCGAUGGCAGCCGCUACCGGACCGAGAAUGACUGGCGUCACUGUUCAGGAUCUAUGGCCUCCACCAAUGCCGCCAAGUUUGUACAUGACGACGAGGACGCAGAAGACUGUUAGCAGUAGGUAUAGCAGGCCGAUAGAUGGGAAUGUACCUGUGAGGGAUAGUUUCAUGGGUUUUGGGAACCGAUAA